ACCAGAAGGCUGCUUCUAUACAAGAAGUUCUCCAAAAGAUUAUGAACUUUGAUUUUUCUUCCAUAUCCCCCACAGCGCAUACAAUUGCUAUAUCCGCAUACAUCGACUUCUUACCGUCAUUGCAGUAUUCGAAGCCGUUAGGAACUUCGAGAUUCUUGAAAACCAUACAAUGCUUAUCUCCAAGUGGAUAUGUGGUGGUGAAAUUACUUAUCAAACCACCCGAGACAGAAAUAGACAUGCACGUUUACCUAGAUAGGCUGAACGAACUAAAAUCACAACUCCACGAUAUACCCAACACUCUUCCGUUCGACACGUUGAUAGAUUCAGAGCGUGCCACAUAUCUAGUACGACCUUAUGUGCGGUACAAUCUAUAUGAUAGACUUUCUAUACGUCCUUUUUUUGAAAGCGUUGAGAAAAAAUGGAUUGUGUAUCAGCUAUUGGUGACCUUAUCAAAGAUGCAUGAAAAUGGAAUCUGCCAUGGUGACUUGAAGACUGAAAACGUGUUGCUCACCUCCUGGAAUUGGAUUUUGUUGUCUGAUAUUGGACUAUUCAAGCCAGUUUACCUACCGGACCAGAAUCAAUCUCAAUUCUCAUUUUAUUUCGAUACCAUCCAAAGGCACUCCUGUUAUGUUGCACCCGAGAGAUUUAAGAGCCAAGCAGAAAUUGACGAGCUUUCGAAGAACCCGGAAAACUUUAAAUUGAGACCUGAAGUUGACAUUUUUUCACUUGGAUGUGUUAUUGCCGAGCUGUACAGUGAUGGUCUACCCAUUUUUUCUCUCCCCCAAAUGUUUCGAUAUAAGAAGAAAGAAUAUAUUCCAAACUUGGAUGCAAUUGAAGACUCAAAUAUUAGAAAGUUGAUCCGUAGUAUGAUAAGCUUAGAUCCAAAGGAAAGGUUAUCUGCAAAGCAAUAUUUAGUCAACUUUAGAAAGCUACUGUUUCCUGAUUUCUUUUACAAUUUCCUGUACUCUUACGUAAAGAACCUCUCCACUUAUUCACCUACAUCAACCGACCCAUCUUCACAGUUCCAAAUAUGUGAUUAUCGAAUCGACCGAUUGUACCAAGAUUUUGAUAAAAUCUCUCUCUACUUGGGUUUUAAGCGCAACAUUAUAGAGGCUGACGAAAACAAUACACAGAAGAGAAACGAAGCAAGCUUAAUACCAGUUGAAUUGAAUUUACCGGGAAUGAACAAACAUAUACCACAAAAUACUGCUGCAAUAUUCAAGGACGAAUCUGUCAACGAUUGCUCCUCUUUGAUACUCCUCUCCAUUCUAUGCCAUAAUGUACGAAAUACGACCCACUCAUCAUACAGAAUUAAGGCUUGUGAUUUGAUUUUGGCAUUUGGUGAGCAAUUACACGACGAAGCUAAGUUUGAUAGAUGUUUACCAUACUUAAUAAACAUGCUCGAUGAUCCCAGCGAAAGUGUUCAGAUCUCUGCACUUUGCUGUAUGACCCAACUUUUGAUGAUGAUUGAUACCAUUACCCCAAUAAAUGUUCACGUUUUUACUGAAUAUAUUGUACCCAAACUACAAUUAUUUCUAAAAAGGUCGUAUAUGGCAAUCAAACAAAAAUCUUUGAACAUGAUAGCUAGCCCUUCAAAAUUUGAGGAUAGAUCACAGCCACAAACCUCCUCUAAAAGUCCUGACGUUAUAAGAGGCUCUUACGUUAGAAUGGUUUUUGCAUGCUGUUUACCAUAUUUAGCCAUGACAUCAAAAAAAUUCUACGAGUUAUCUGUUUUACUCAAAAAUAGGGUAGGCACUUAUCGUGACCCAGAUAUUGAUAGCAUAAUAUUCAAUGAUAGAGAUAGGAACGAGUUCGAAUACGCAGAGAUCGUUCAAAAUUUUGAGCAUUUGACCAUACAGAUUUUGACUGACAGUAAUAUUUAUGUGAGAAUUGCUUUAAUGAGAAAUAUUCGCCCUCUCUGUUCUUUCUUUGGGAAAGAUAAAACCAAUGAUGUCAUAUUGAGUCAUCUGAUCACCUAUCUGAACGAUAAAAAUCCCCAAAUCAAGCUUGCCUUUGUAUCAAGCAUUGUUCCAUUAUCUAUCUUUGUCGGGGUCACAAGUUUAGAGCAAUACAUUUUGCCAUUAUUGGUGCAAGCCUUAUAUGGACCCGAAGAGACCAUUGUUAUCACUUUAUUGAAAGUCUUGACCGAAUUGAUUAACUUAGGAUUGGUAAGAAAAGAAUGCUUUUGGGACCUUGUUAACCUUUCUGUCGUUUUAAUUUUACAUCCUAAUGGUUUGAUCCGUCAGUCUGUGUUGAACUUGAUAAUUGUUAUUGGAAAGCAACUUUCUAUGUCGGACUUCUAUUGCAUGCUAUAUCCUUUGAUUAGACCCUUCUUUCAACAUGAAGUCACAAGUUUUGUUUGGGAAAACUUGUAUAUAGCAGCUCAUACUCCCUUGCCAAGGGCAGUUUUCAACAGUCUUGUUCUUUGGAGCUUAUCUACUCAAGAUUCACUUUUCUGGCAAAGAUUGUCGAUUGAAAAUGGAUCAAAGAAUAUUGAUAUGUUUGGAAAUGCAAAAUUAAUUUUCUCUAAGAAAAGGGCAUUAAACGGGAGCACUUCCUCAAGCAAUGGAGGACGAGGCAACGCAGAUGAUUUUGUGGCCAACUUCGAAGUUCCAUUAAGUAGUUCCGAUGCAGAAAAAAUAGAAAAGUUGAAAGGUCUGGGGCUUAAAAGUAAUGAGUUGUGGAAAAUUGCAUCACUGAGAUCCUAUAUUUACAAAGUUUCAAGGUUAUCUCUGAGAGCUUCGAAGUGCAAGAUAGGUGCCGACGUUACUAGAUUGAUUCCUAGAAGUGUGUUCAUUGAUGUGAUUCAUAGGUACGAGGCGAACGAUAGAACAGAGGACUACAUAAUAUCUAAUCCAGCAGAAAAUAAUAGAAAUCUCUCACUUUCGUCUAACAAUAAUGGUACUAAAGAAAGAGGAGGUCCACUCAUCUUGAGAAAUUUGCAAACCCCUAAACCAGUCGUCACAACCAGUGACAAAAUGGCGUUUGGUGAGUCGUCUAAUAACUUUUUAAAGAGAGAAAAUCCUUUAUUUGAAGAUUUUGGAGAUGCUAAUGUUUAUGAUGAGAGUAUGCAGCUGAAAAAGUUAACUACUGAUAUAUCUUACAGCUAUCCAGGUAGGAACCCUUUCAUUCUAAAGUUUUUGCGCAGCCUUGUGUUUGAGCCAGAUUUACAAGAUUAUCAUGAGUUUGGUCAACUAGUUGACACUACAAGCAUUGGAGUUAGCGAACCUGUAGAGGGAACCAACAAAACAUGUGUUCUAGUUUCCAGGUUGAUAGACCAUAAAGCCUCUAUAAUUGAUCUCAUAGUUGCCCCAGACCAUGAAUACUUUAUAUCUGGUGAUAUCUUGGGUGUUUUGAAAAUUUGGGAGUCGAAAAGGCUAGAAAUUGAUGUCACCGGAGAACCGUGCUUGUCUGUUAACCUAGGGUCACCGAUAAAAUCCAUAUGCAUGAUGAAAGAUCGCCACUGUUUUGCAGUAUCCAAAGAAGAUGGCUCGGUAGAUAUUUUUAGGGUUGACUUUGUCAGCACCUUAGAGAAUUUCAAGCUUAAAGUUUACCCUACAACAUCCAUCACACUUCUCAAGCAUUACAAAGUGGGAUCUGAUGACCAGUAUGCAAGCAACCUCCGCUUCAGCUUAAUCAGAAAUAAACCUUAUCUAUUCAUGGUUACGCCAACCUCAAAAAUAAUCGGAGUGGAUAUACGCAACAUGAAGGAAGUUUAUAAUUUGCAAAACAACAUAGUACACGGAAGUAUUCAGUCACUUUAUGUUGAUGGGAUGCAGACGUGGGCUGUGGCUGGAACGAACAAAGGUGUUAUUGAUUUAUGGGAUUUGGAAGCUGGGCUCUGCGUGAAAUCUACAAAGUUCAAGCACAGCUCAUAUGGAAUUACAAAAAUGGUUGAAGUUAGUAAUGUUUUGUCGAGCUCUAAGAACAACGAAAAGUUUGUGUGUUUUGUUGGAGGGACAGGGGAUUCUGAUGUUAUUAUCUGGGAUGUCGAAAGAGCCCAGCCGAGAAUCGUACUGUGCUCGAGUAGUAAAAAAUCUUUUUCUACCAUUGAGCUCUACAGUGUGUGCGAAGUUAAUGACGAAAUUGAAGACAGUAUCCUAGAUUUAUACAUCAACAAGAAACAUGUCGAAAGUGACAAUGGAUGUACCAGUGUGGCGUAUAGCUCUUUCGACAACAGCUCCAAACAAGGAAAAAUACUAGCUGCUCAGCACAACAGAAAAAUAAUUGAGUGGGAUCUCAGCAACUUUGAGGAUUCACGGGUGGUUGUUGACGUUCGAGGUAAGGAUGGACAUGUCGGUGAUUAUCCUGUUUACUCCGAAACACAGGUGAACUCAAUGUUGACUUUUGUGCACGAGAGAUACAUCUCAGCGAAGAACAAAGACACUACAGCCUCCAACAGAAUCGGGAAUGGCCCCAAAGUUGUCAGCAAGGCCCCCUGUGAAAGUAUCAGCUCUCUUACCUACCUUCAAGUGCCCUACAAAAUGGUGGUCUGUGGAGAUCAAUCAGGGGCAAUCAACAUAUACAGAUAGAUAUGUAAGCGUAUAGUAAGUAUUACUGAAACAUUAGCGAGGCGAGAAGAUCGAUCACCAGCAAAAAAAU